AUGGUGAAUCUGGAGUUUCAAAAGUUCUGGGAACCAAGCCCAGCCAUGCGAAACAUGAGGGGAUGUGCUAGAGCUUACCAGCCCGACAAGCCUGCUGACUACCCUGAAAACGUUGCUCUCUAUGCUACUUCACGCUCGAAUGGUACCCCCUCGGUUACGGGACUGGAAGGCCCUGAAAGCCUCAGUGAGGAUGACCCUGUUUGUCAUAAUCUUGCCGUGCUGCAGCAAGCAAUGAGCAAGCUGCAGCAUGCUUAUAGUGUGAUCGCGACUCGAACUAUGGCUACAGAUCUAUUGAGAUUAAAACAGUCAACGGUGCGACCGCGCCAGGAGUCUAAGCGGGGCAAGUGGGCCGUCGAAGAUAAUGAGAGACUGUUAGAGUUGAGGAACAGCCACGGAUUGCCGUAG